ACCAAUGCAACAACUACUCCAAUGAAACACACCUAUCUCCACUUCUACAUUAUCACAUUUUCAGAAUGUGCAUUGAUUUCUUUUUUUAAUCUCACUAAUCUACUCUGUUUUCACUUUCCUAUAAGAGCCACUUAACCUUCUUUGUCAAGUUCAAGAACAUCAUCUCUCUCUCUCUAUCUCUCUCAAAUGGAGAUAGAGGGAGAAAGCCCAAAACAUGUGACACUUGACAUCAUGCAUGAGGAUGCUCUCCUAUCCUCAAUCAAAGAAAAAAUGGAACACAAUUCUCUCUCAAACUGUGUAUGCAAAGUUCCAGAAGAGCUCUACAAAGGCAAUGAAGAGAAAUACUUCCCAACCACACUCUCAAUAGGCCCUCUCCACCACAACACCACCAACCACACCCUCAAGCCCAUGGAGGAUCAAAAAUGGCGCUACCUCAACACGCUCAUCGCCCGAGCCCCCAACUCCGAGGCCACCCUAGACACCUGCAUCAAGUCCCUAAGGCAAGUGGAGCAAAAGGCAAGAAAAUUCUACGGCCAGCCAAUCCCAAUGGGGCGCGAUCGCCUCGUUGAGCUCCUCCUCCUCGACGCCUGCUUCAUCAUCGAGCUCUUCCUAAACUACGCCUUCAAGAGCCUCAGACGAAGAGACGACCCCUGCUUCACCUCAAGCGACAGCCUCUCCCACUUGAGGUGUGACCUCAUUUUGUAUGAGAAUCAAAUCCCAUUCUUCAUCCUUGACCAAAUCUUCCACCUAGUCCCUAUUCCAAAACACUGCCACCACUCCCUCAUUGAUCUUGCAUUGUUCUUUUUCAAGAAACUCAUCCCCGAAAACAACGAAAAGAAAAUCAUCGCACCCCAAACACAUCACUUGCUAGACCUAAUCCGGCAGGAUUAUCUCCCAACACACUCAACACACGCAGUCACAAUCCCAAACAUAGGCCACACCUACAUCCCACAGGCCUCGCGCCUCGUCUCUCUAGGGAUACGCGUGGAGAGGGCUACAACAGAGAGCACGGCCAACGUAAGCUUCUUCAAUGGGAAACUCAGCAUCCCACCUCUUGAAAUCCACAGCUACACUGAGAUCUUGUUCAGGAACUUGAUAGCAAUGGAGCAUUGCAGCAGUGGAUGCAGCAAGCAUGUGACAUCCUACGUUGUUCUGCUGGAAGGGCUGAUCCGGUCGGAGAGGGACGUGAGGGUGGUGCAGGAGAGGGAGAUUCUGAUUGAUGGGCAUGAGAGGGAGAGGGAGAUUGUGUUCCUGCUGCAGAGGCUGCAUGUGGAUGUGACGAGAGAUGAGUUUUACUACAGGGGUUUGUGUGAGGAGAUUAGCAAGCAUCAAACGAGGAGAAGGGAUGUUUGUUGGGUGAGAAUGAGUGAGGUUUAUCAUAGGAGUCAGUUUGGGGUUGCUGGUUUUAGCUUGGCGGUGGUAUUGCUGGUUUUCAUCUUCACAGGGGCUUUUUUCUCCACGGUUUAUUUUCUCUUGCACCAUUUUCAGUAGGGCGUGGGUUCAUUGUUUUUAACAUGAUUGCUGGUUUUAGAUGUUUGGGUUUUUUUAGUUUCCAAGUAUAGAUAUCUAUAUGGUGUAUAAUUGAUGACUUUGAUUCUAAUCAAGAAUUUGGGCUUAA